AUGCGGCAAAGAUGGUGUCCUGACUCGCGACUGCCACCCGCCGACGGGAAACGCCCAACGAGCCGGGGACGUAGCGGCCGUCUCCCAACCCAGCCUCGAAUAGAAUAUCAUCCGCGCCCACACCUCCAAGUGCACGUCCGGCGACAACCGUUCGCGGCUCUCAUAGACCCCGGAUCUGAAGUCUCGUGCAUACAGGAAGAGACUGCACGACUAUUCCCCGGAAUACCCCGACUAGCCCAGAACCGAGGAGACUACGUCCUCCUGGCAGAUAACACACGGGUAGGGGUCACUGGGGUAGGGGUCACUCUCCGAUGGCAUGGGAGAACCUACUGGCACGACUUCUGCAUACUCCCUGGUCUAGCUAGCGCUGUGCUGAUUGGUACCGACCUGUGGGCUAAGAUGGGAUUCACUUUGCCGCCACCUCCGUUGAACCAGACCGGGACAGUUUCCCGAACCAACACGAUCACCGUCGGCCCCAGCAACGAAGCAGACGAAGAAGCGCAACUCCGGGACUUUUUAGCUGCUGAGUUACCAUUGUUUGAAGUAAUCACGGGACGAACCGACCGAGCCGAACAUCGCAUCCGGCUAAAGCCUGGAUCGCCCAUCAAACAGCGGUACCGGCCUCGAAACCCGGCCAUGCAGGCCGUCAUCAAUGAGGAGGUCGACCGAAUGCUCGCCGAAGGCGUCAUCGAGCCCUCGAACAGCGCUUGGAGCUCACCGGUGGUUCGAAAGAAAAAUGGGCAGCAUAGAUUCUGCAUCGAUUUCCGCAGGCUGAAUGCAAUGUCAGAUAAAGACGCCUAUCCCUUGCCGCACAUCACGGCUACGCUAGACAAGUUACGCGGGGCGAAAUACCUGACAACGUUAGACCUAAAGAGUGGUUACUGGCAGAUACCACUGAACCAAGGGAGUCGACCUGCAACCGCCUUCACCGUACCAGGGAAGGGUUUGUACCAAUUCACGGUCAUGCCUUUCGGGUUGCACUCAGCCCCGGCGACCUUCCAGCGGUUGCUAGACACAGUGAUCGGCCCCGACCUCGAACCUAACGUCCUCGUAUACUUGGACGAUAUAAUAAUCGCCAGCAAGACGUUCAGCGAACACCUGCAGCACUUGAGAGAGGGGAUACACACGGACCCAGACAAAGUCAGCGCUAUCACCAGUUGGCCAGCCCACCACAGUGCGCAAGGUCCGGCAAUUUUUAGGAAUGGCCUCGUGGUAUCGGAGGUUCAUCUCGAAUUUUUCACACUAGCGGCGCCGCUUACAGCGCUGACCAAAAAACGAGCUGGCUGGACAUGGGGGACCCCCGAAGACGCAGCCUUUCGACAACUGAAGGAAGCAUUGACCUCCACCCCGGUUCUGGCCUGCCCGGACUUUCAGAAACCGUUCCUGCUACAAACCGAUGCCAGUUCACAUGGGCUAGGAGCCGUGCUAACGCAGCACCAGACGGAGGGAAAGAGAAUAAUCGCAUACGCCAGCCGAACGCUCAACGAUGCCGAGCGGAACUACAGCGCGACCGAGUUGGAAUGUCUCGCCGUGGUAUGGGGAAUCCGGCGAAUGCGAGACUACUUGGAGGGGUAUCGAUUCACCGUUGUAACAGACCACCAGUCCCUCAAGUGGUUGCAACAUCUGGAGAACCCGUCCGGACGCCUGGGGCGGUGGCUCUUCGAACUGCAACAGUUCGACUUCACCAUACACUAUAGAAGAGGAGGACAAAAUCAAGUAGCCGAUGCCCUCUCCCGGGAACCUGCAGCUCAACGCAAUGCAACACCGGAUAGCGUGUCCAUGGUACCAACGCCUCCUCAGAGAGGUAAAGAGCCGACCAGACGAGUACCGCAACAACGACCAGCAGGGAAUCUACACGCUACCCCAGUGACCGCCCCGUGGCAGCAAGUCUCAGUGGAUCUAGUCGGUCCUCUGCCACGCUCGGUCCGUGGACAUGUCUGGCUCCUGACCGCCCAGGACUGGUUCAGCAAAUGGAUCGAGAUGGUUCCCCUGCGACGCGCCACCGCCACGGCACUAGCGAAAGAAGUGACCCGCCGCAUCAUCUACUGGCAUGAAUGCCCGGGCCAACUCAUCUCGGACAACGGGACCCAGUUCACCUCUCGCCAGUUCCGUACCUUGCUGGCAUCAUUCGGGAUCCAGCACCGCACGUCACCUGUCUACGCGCGCAACCCGGUGGAGAGGGCGAAUCGGACCAUCAAGACCAUGAUUAGUCAAUACUUCGCGGUGAACACCGCUCGACACGAGGCCACCGGAUACACCCCGGCCUUUCUGCUCCACGGCCGCGAACUGGCACCUCCCCAUCCUGCCGAGCGACAACCAACGCCAAACCUGACUUCUCCAGAGUCGCAUCGACAACGCCUGGAAGAGGCCUAUGAAGUCGCCAAGGUGGGCGACAAGGUUUGGAAGCGAGAACGCCCCCUGUCCAGCCGCGACGACGCGUUUAACGCCAAACUCGCCCCUCGAUUUUCGGGGCCCAUGGAAGUACGCAGGAUAAUAUCCCCAGUCAUCAUGGAUCUACGCGACGAACACGGGAAAUGGCAUCGGCAUAUCCAUGUACAGGGCCUGAAACCGCAACCGAACAUACCAGAAAGCCCUCGGGUGGACGAGGAUGACGCAUAA